GUUGUUCCUACUGAGAUAGAAAAUAUAUUGUCUUGUCUAUGACUGACUGAACUGAGUUUGUAACAUCGCCGAAUUUUCAAUUGGUUUAUUUCAGGUUGUUUGAAGUAGGUAUAAUUUAAACAAAUCCCAAUUAGUGAUUAAUUUUAAUUUUUGACAAUGAUGAGUGGUUAGCUUUUAUUGGUAUGAAUUUGAGUGAAAUAUGCUAGGUGGUAGGUACUUUCAAGAAAACACAAAAAAUGGCUCCUAAGAAAAAUGCGACUAAAAAUGAUAUAGUUCCCAAGGGGAGGCCUCCAAAAUCAAAAGAAAAACCCAUACUGAAAAUUCCAACUGUUGUCAAGAUCAAGUUUCCUUUAAAAAUCUGUUUGCUGGCAUGACACGGAUACCAUAUCAUUGAAGCAUGUCAAGGUAUCUGAGCAGAAUAGUCCAGAAUGUCAAGUCUCCAAACCCUGAUUUACUGAAUAAAAGGGCCAAAGACUUGACUCCAAAUGAUAAACUCGAGUUAACAAAUAGAGUGGCUAGAGCCCAAUUAAGCAAGUCUGACUGUAUUGUCUUCAUGCCACAACCGGAAACUGGUAAUGAGAUCAGAUCAGUAGUGAAAAAACGGGGAAAGAAAAAGAAAGUUGAAGAAAAGGCAAGUACUUCAACAGAAGCAUGUACAAAUCAUGAACCUGAGUCAUUGGAACCUAUUUGCAUCAAUAAAGAGGGAAAUUUGCAAACACCAAAGAGGAAAAGGGUUCGUAAAACUCUGAUUAAACCGGUCAAUAAAGUACCAGCGAAUGAAGAAAACAAUAUGACAGAGGAAAUUGAUACAAACCCCACAGCUAAAGUUUCAAGAGCACCUUUAAAGAGAAAGCUAGUCAAUCCUAAGGAUGGAAACAAGAACCCACCUAAAAAGAAGUGGAUGCAGACCAAAAUACCAGAAAUGAAGAUACUCGUCAGACGCAACUCGAAAGUGAACUCUGACAUGUCGCGAACCGUUACAAUCGAGAAACCAAAGAUUGUAAGAAGACAAGGAAGACCAGAAAGAGGUAAGAAAAACGUCGAAAAAAUAGUAGAACCUGUGCAAGAACUACAAUCUACCAUUACACAAUCUGUACAUGAUCUCAAUCAUACAAUAAAAAAGGAGGAUGAUGAUGAUAUCACAAAAAAUGCCAAUGCAAUAGACUCGCGUAAAACUUCUAUCAACUCGGAAUUGUCUUGGACUAAAGAUAUAUCUGAUUCGAGUAAUACAACCUCCUUGACAGCUGUGACAUCAUCAGAUUUUGUGCUAAUCGAUAGAAAACUGCCGGAAAUAAAUCUGACUAAAAUAAACCUCAAUGAUUACAUAAACGGUUCCAAAGAUUGUAAACCACAAAUUCCAGAGGUGACACCAAAAGCCCCAGAGGUAACGCCUCAAACUUCAGAGUUUACGCCCAGAACCCCAAGCGACUCGUCGUCAUCAUCCUCAGACAGUGACAGCUCUGAUUCUGAGAGUAACAAGGACACAGAUAUAGGCAGUACACAUUCCCUAAAUUUGAGCAUGUCGUCUGAAUCUCAUAGGUCCCCCAUAAUCACUCAGAAAAAUAUCAAUAUGAACUCUAUGCACAGCACUGUAACUAAAAUUAGCAAAGCAUUAGACAAAUUGUCUAUGAGUUUAAAGAAAAUUGACCUGGAAAUGAUUAAUUGGGUUGGUUAUCAGAAUGAAGACAUCAAUAUCAAUGGCAAGAAAGUAAGGGAUAAAAUAUGUCAAAACUUAAAAGAAGAAAGUAAUAUUAUCGUGCAGUGUCGACAUAUUAAUAAACUUUUGACAGAUAAAGAAGAAAUAAAUAGUGAAACAAAUGUUACAGAAAACUUAGAAAGCAAAAAUAAUGAAACUUUUGUUAAACCCACUGAUGUUGUGCCAAAAACUCUUAACAAGUCUAGUGACCAAUCUACUAGUCUUGACAAAGGCAAUCAUAGCAGAGAUCAUGUUGAUUUCAAUGAUGGCAAGUGUGAAUUAAAUGAUAAUUUGACUUCAAAUAACGUCCUUUAUUCUCCAUUUGAUCAAUUCGACGACGAAGAUGCCUUGUCACUUUAUGCAGAGAGUAUAGGUUUUGAAUCUCAUCGAAACAGCACUUCGUCCCCACCUGGUUUCAAUCCGGAAAUAGAAGAGUACAUCCCACAACCUGUAGCUAAAAUUGUGCCUAAUAACACAAUUAUAUAUAACCCCACUAAAAUUCCUAAUGCUCAAAUAUCCACGGGAACAGUUCAAAAUGUAAAACCAGUCACUACUGUAUGUGAGAAACAAAAUGCUGAUUCCACAUCAGUUGUCAGAGACGGUCGGUAUAUCAAUGAUCGGAUAGAAGGCAUUGAAAAAUUACCUGAACCUACGAUUGUUAGGAAAUUAUAUACUCAAGCUAAAACGGGGCCUUGUUUAUUGGCAACCAUAUUCAAACCAGCGCCAGGUAUUAAAAGUGUUGUCUUCAAAGGAAUGUGUUUCUUCCAUUUGAUUGGAAGUUGUAAGAACCAAUCACGAUGUCGAUUCCCACAUGUCGAACCUGCCCCUUUAGAUAUAACUGCGAAAUUGGUCAGAUUGAGCGAAGACUUUUUUAUACACGAAUACAUGUUGCUGAAGUGUUGGCCGGGCUUGCGAAGGAAGUUUGGCAUGUGCUUUGUAGACGAAUGCAAGCGACGAGAUCUGACCAGGUUGCUGGUGGAAAUGGCCAUAGAUUUCGUAAUGAAAGCGAAUAUUAACUCUCACGAAGACGCCGCGCUUAAAGUGCACGUGCUAGAAGAGGUUUUGUUGUACUUAAACAAUAUAGAUCUUGCUACGUGUGAGGAUCUCCUCAAAUACGUGAUACAGGGCAAAGAGUUGUGCGUUUUGUUCAUGGAGACCAUAGCUAACACGCAGAACUUUUCGAGAUUCAAGCCGGUGUUUAUAAAACUGGUAGAGUUUAUGAUAAAGAAUGAGAGGCUUUUUAAUGCCCAAGUUGCUUCGCAUAUUUUGGAGAGGGUGGCGAUACUGCCGUUCAAUGAUUCAUUGGCUUGGGCGUUGAUAAGUAUAAUAAAGCAUACGGAGGCUGUGAUAUUUAAGAAUUCGAUGAUGGGUCAGUUUGAGAAGCAGUUGUCUUCGAACGAGGGCCUGCAGCGGGAGUUUUUGUCGGUGAAAGAGAUGGCUGGAUGCAAUCAACUGGUCGUGAACCAAGUGUACAACUCUGUCGGGCCUGUGAGACAGGAAAUGGACAGGCCAAUGACCAGUCCCCUGUAUCCUGACGGGGUGCAGAGAUAUACCUCUCCGGAUACAACGCAUUUGGAUGGGAUGAACAAACCACCAGACGAACAGGCAAUAACGAGGAGUGUAAACUUCGAUCGAACGUUCCAGAAUUUUAGCUCGUCAUCUUCAGAUGGCACAGAGGAAUAUCCUAGAGCGCCCAAGCCGAAUUCUCUAUUCAAUUCGUGGAGACAUAAGACCAUUUUCAACAAGUUCUCACCUCAGGAAUUCUCGCACAAGAGAAGGAUGGAUCGGCAAGUGACGUAUGAAAAUAGCCCUCCCAAAUUCCCAAGGCGACAGGGGCCAGAUUUCUUUUAGCAUAUAAGUACUCUUACGACUGUAGACUUAAGAUUGUAAUGUUCCCGCUGAGUGUACUCAUAAGGCGGUUUCUUUUAAGUUUUAUGUUGAUUUGGUCGACAAUUUUCAUUGUUCGCUCAGGAGUACAAAAUAUUAGUUUUACUAAAGCCAAGUAAAGUCGACAUUUUGACAAUGUAAGGGCAGCUGUUUUACUGAAAGACUAUUUUAAGCAGUUGGUUGCGACAUGCGUUGUAUGACAAUGUAGGCAAAUUUACCUAGAAAAUUACAUUUGAAAAUAUAAAAUUUUAAUCGCCGGGUAAUAUUGCUUUGCAUUUUGUAACAACUCAGUCCAUUUCAUACUAAAUCUGUGGUAUUUUCAGGGAGUUUGUGAGAAAUUUUGUAAAGUGAAAUAAUUUGUAACAUACUUGAAUCUUCAUAACUUUAAUUUUUAAGUGUGUAGUACAUUGUAUGUGUGAAGCGGCAGUAGUCCUGUAGUUAAGUCAACCCUCCAUAGGAAUGCUAUUGCUGCCUAGGCUGUGUGUCCCCUAGUCGCCUCGUACGACAUCCGCGGGACAAUCUUAUUCAACCCACAUUAGUUUGUAUACCAAUCUGACUCAAUUAGUAUUUGAUUACUUGCUUCCGGUGAAGAUCAUCGUGAGGAAACCUGCAAUCUGAUAGACUAGGCACUUUAUUCACAAACGUAUGUACGUCUACAGUCACUAGUUGACGGUAUCUGUAAGUCAUGUCAGAUGCCUUUAGGCGACUUCAAUUGGAUCUGACAGCAAUGUUCACAAUAGUAACAUAUGCGAUAAAAAUAAGUAUAUCUUAGGCAUUUUACAUGACUGGCGUCCCGCAACUAUAUACAUUUGUAUAAAUGUAAAUAAAACUAUAACAACGUAACAUUUUAAUUAUAUAUUAGUCUGACAUGACGAGUAUAAUCAAGGCUAUAGUAUAAUAUUGCCUUGAUUAGGAUUUAAAUAUAUUUUACAUAAAUAUAUUGUGAAUACAAACAGAAAAUGAUAAAAGAAAAUAUUACUAAUUCAACGACAUAUCUCAUAUAUCUCGGAGCGUUUAGACAGGUGCCACAGUACUGAUUAAUAAAUUAAUAAUAUUUGCCUUUAAAAGUACAACAAUACAAGCGUUAUUUGCACGCACAAUACACAGAUCUUUAUUUUAUAUACAUACAGCAUACAUUUUUAAUUAUGCCAAAAAAUAAAAUGGGGCUAAUAUGUGCAUAGUCAAAACAUAAAAAAUGAAAAUCCAAAUUUUAUCCAAAAAAAUCUAUAUAAUACUAGAGUGUGCCACCUGACUACCCACUACGCUUCAUAGUAAAGGUAGGUUCAGUGCAGCUGUUCACAGUUCACACAAAACCAAUUUUAAUUGAUAAAUCCUGGCAAUUCUUUUUUUAUUUUUUGCCUAUGCUAGAUAAUUUCACGCAAGAGCGAGAGUACACGAUAAACUAUGAAUUGGAGUUUCAAACUACGUCCAUAAAUUCAUUCAUAUUUUGGGAUAAACGCAAACCUCAAUAACUUUGGUGUUAAACGAUAAUAUAAAAUUUUGAUUACUCACAGGUCUUUAAUAUGAAGCCUUUAAUUUCUUUGGCAUAAUUAAAAAUUUAUGAUGUAUAGAUGCGGUCCGCGCCUCCACCCGCGGCAAAAAGAACUUCACACAUAAAUCAUCUCAAUCCGUCGGUCUGUUUUGACGUAAAAGUCAAACGUGUGUUUCAGAUUUAUCAUGAUAGUCAAGUUGAAUAUUAGUUGACAAGCUCCUAAGACGUUUUAAAUUUAUUCACCUUAUCCAAUCACGUCACGUAUUCGCGUUAUUCAAUAAUUAUGUAUAAUUUGUUAAGUUUCAGCUUGUAAGCUAUGUGUUAGGUGGUUCGCAGUGUUUCGACUGCUGCGGCCGCGCUGUCAUUACGAUCCGUGAAUUUUCUUGAGAAAGGAAUCAUUUCCAAAUAAAACAUAUUUCAUAAAAUUGACAUUACUACAGUACUAGUGAUUUUAAAGUCAGAUGGUAAAACGAAUUCUCGUCGUUGUUAAAAUUUUAAAAAUUGUAAUGACAGCCUGGCCGCAGCGUUCGAAACGCUCUGUGAACCACUCUUUAAGUCAUGUUGUUGAAUUGUAAAAUAUAUUAUUUUAUUAAAGGCGUUUGUUGUUAAGAAUAGUUUAUCAAAUGUAGUGAAUAUACUAAUGUGUGUUCUUAUAUAUUGUAAUGUAAAUUAUAUAUUAUGCCAGCUCCACUGCCUGUCGUCGAACUCGGACAUGCCGACGCGAAUGGGCAGUUAGUAUGAGUGCUUUUAUUUACUGCAAUCAAAAACCAGCAAUGUAUACCGAACCGCCAAAGUGUUCGUAAUGUUUGAUUUCUGAACAAAUGUUAUAUAUUUGAAUCUAGAAUUGCAUAGCUUUAAAUGAAGGCAUUUUUUUUUUUAUUUUCUAUCAAGGACAAUAUCAGUGAUAAAGAUUGUUACCUAUAAAUAAUAUAAGAGCCAAGCAGUCUUGCGCCUGAAUUUGCUUAGCAAUUUUUGAGAAAUAAAAGUAAAUGAUGAAAGAUAAAUGAGUGAAGAUAUAUUACAUUCGGAUACAUAUUUACCUGAAUUUUAGAGGGCGAAGUGCGCGUUUGCGCUAUCGAGUCGAUUCGAAGUGAGUUGCAACGCACCAAUCACUUUGCGUUGUGGUUGUUGAUGCGUCACAAUGGCUCACUGUGAUUGGUUAGUUGAUUCGAAUUUCGAAUCGACUCGAUGGUGAGAUGUCAAUAGCGAAGUCAUACUGCGCACACAGAUAUUGGCUAUUAUGGAAAACACUAAUGUGAGCUAAUUUUGUUUUUAUAAUAAUAUUUUAAGAAGUUGCUUCCAUAAUGAUUUGUUAGCCAAACACAAUAGUAUAUAUGUAUCCUUAAAGUGAGAAUACAACUGCCAAUCUUACUUUUGCCUCAAACCAUAUUCUUAGUUUAUGCUAGAAAUAGGUACAAGUCUAAAAUUAUAAGUAUUUUUUUCAACAGUCAUUUCGUUGGUUAAGUUUUUGUUAUCAAAGAAAACAUUGUCACAGUUCAACUUGUAAUAAAAAUAUAAAUAGUA